AUGUCCUCCGCUCAAAAGGAUCAAUCGGCCACUGGCCGAGGUGCUGCCCAGGCUCAAGCCAGCAGUAAUGACUACCGUAUCGUCCUGCCUCGUCUCCCAACUGGUAAGCUCGUCACCGAUUCCGUUUUUCUACAUGCUGACCUAACCGGACGCCCAUAUCGUGCUCAAGACUUCAGAGACGCUCUCCGGAAGAUUAUAGACUUGAGAGAAAUAAUCUCAAUAGGACAAUUCCAGAUGUCCCACGUCUGGAUGGUGACGUGCAAAUCGCCGUCUGCGAAAGCCAGAUUAGUGACCUGCGGUGAAUUUCUGGUUAAGUCUAAGAGAUGUGUUGUGAUUGAUCCGGAGCCAGCGGAGGUAAAGAUUAAGAUGCUAUGGCUUCCUGAACAUUUAGAGGAUGCUUACAUACGCGAGGCACUACAGACUUUCGGAAAAGUGCUGUCAAUAUCCAAGGAAAGCUGGAAAGUAUCAGAUAUGGAAGAAAUGCGAACUCUCAAUCGAGAUGUUGUUCUGUCACUUGCUGAUGGUGUCAGUGUCGCCGAUAUCCCACACUUACGGACAGUCUGCGGAAUACAAAGUCUUCUACUCAUCCCUGGAAGACCACCACUGUGCCUUCGCUGCCACAAAGUUGGUCACAUUCGCCGUCACUGUCGCACGCCUAGGUGCGACGAUUGCCGACGCUUUGGGCACACGACUGCAGACUGUGUAGUAACGUAUGCUGACAAGCUGCGACAUCGCACAAGGCCUUCAGAUGACGCACUGCAAGAACACAUCAUGGAUGUCACAGAGGUCCUAGAUGCAACGGGAGAUCUGCCAGCUGACACCAGCGAAGUUCCACCACCGGUCAGCGCAGAAGCUUGCGAGACUGCAUCGACUGAGAUCACAACGGCACAGUCUGAGCCUGUGGAAGAGGCAACAAAGAAGAGUCAAGAGCCAGAGACCGUUGAAGCAGUUAGCGGCGAACUCGCAAAAGAAGAUAUUCCAGUUGCAGAAACCACCACUGCUCAGCUACCGAACCAGUGUCCAACCCCUAUGGAGAACACACUCUCCAACAACACUUUGCUGAAGCGCCGUGCCUCGACAACCUCUGUGUCGAGUGAGGAGAACAGCACGCCUAAUGCUUCCAGACAACUGCGUCGCCGACGUUCACCCAAACAUAAAGAGAGGCACCGACGGUCAAGAUCUAGAAGGCCUGGUGUUGGCGGAGGAGAGGAAUCUCCUUCGUCCUCCGCGCCUGAUCUCACGCAGCAUUGACAAGAAACGGUGUGUAGGCAACAUGGCGCUCUCGCAGCAACUAUCUUUCGCAACACUUAAUGUACGAGGGCUUCGGUCCCGACAGAAGCAGUUGCAGCUACGCCGACUGUUAUCUAGCAAACGACUCGACUUUGUCGCCCUUCAGGAGACAAAGAUCGAAAUUGAUGAAGACACUGCAAGGGCAUUAGAGCCCUUUUUGUCCGAGUACAAUGUUUGUGUGUCUCAUGCAGUUGGGUUAUCGGCAGGUUGCUUUUUGUUUUUGAGGAAGACCCUUCCGUACACCGCAUUCACUUAUAAUGUAGACUCUGAAGGGCGGUGGAUAUGUUGUGAUAUUUUGU